GGAGGAGCAGCAGCCUCUAGUGCCAGGAAUGCUCAGACUUGAGUUAGGCGCCGAGAUUGAAAGCUGAGGAGCGCAGGUCUCUCGCGUGUGACGUGCUUCGGUCCAGAUCCUUGUGACUGCGGAGGAUGGAGAUGAAGCGGCAGCCCCUCAAGCGUCUGUGUUCAGACUUCACCAACGAGUCACCGAGGAAGAGACGCUACACUGCAGCAGAGGAUGGAGCUGAGAACAGAGUCCCCGGGGCCCAGGAAGAGCUCUCCACGGGGACGUGGCCUUCUCUGCUGCGCUGCACUGAGCGAGAGGUGAAACCAGACACCCCGGCCAUCGCAUCAGUGAGGUCCCGCAUUCACAUGUUUCAAGAGAGGAGGAGGAGAAGAGCAGAUGGCGCUCAUGAUAUGAAAGUCGACUCUUUGCCCUGGACGGAAAGUGAAGUGGUUGUCUCGGGGCUGAUGGACGCUGUGUCUGAAGAGGAAGUGGAGCCACUGGCAGGAUGCAGAGAUGAGGGGACUGUGGAGAAGGCUGGAGGUAAAUGGGGACUAGAAGAACAUCUGCCGAUGGCUCAUAGCACCUUGGCCACCCAACGCCCUCUACACUCAGACGAGGAGCCUGCAAGUACAGAAACAGCCAGCCGCCUCCGCAAGGAGCGUCAGGAAGAGCUGGCAAUGGUGUGUGCAGUGCUGGACCGCAGCAACCCGUGGAGAGCGGCCUCAAUGAGGCAGCCACAGAAGAGGACCCUGAUGCCGACCAGUCAGGACCUCAGCGGAGGGAGAAGGCGACGCCGGGUUAGAACCGGACGUGGGCGUGUGAAAAUGGGCCCCAUUUUGGAUUCAAACUCAAGUGGAUCAGAGAGCGUGGAGUACUCUCUAGAAGGCAGCGAUGGAUCCCUCGAUAUAUCAGAUGAUCGAUGCGUUUCUUCUCUUGAAGUUCGGCUCAGAAGAUCCUGUGAUUCUGAUUGUCUUACCCCAGAGGAACCUCCGUCUUCCUUAUGUGACGCAGCAGACGGGAGCUCUCCAGAAGCAGUGAUUCCAGAUGGAGAUGAGAGGAGGAUAACCCUGAACAGCUCGGAGCUGAUCGAUAGAAUAUUUGAGGGUGUGCUGGAUGUGAGCGAGGCCGCUGAAGAGCCUGACGUGGACCUUCCUCCGGUGUCUAUUCUGUCUCCUCUUACCAAGUCCCUAGAUAUUCAGGCUGCUAUCAGCCCCCUGAGUUCUGUUGUGUCCAGUUUGCCGGAACUGCACCAAGAGCCCCCAGAAACCCCAAAGACCUCAAUCAUCGAGGAGACCCAUCUUCCCUACAGCAUUGACACUUACCGGACUCUGCAGAGGAAUGUCCUAGAGGAGCCCACUUCCCAGAGGCGUUUGGCUACCAAGAACCACCUACCCAAGAGGCAGACCGAGGAGCGCGUGCCAAUGGAUGCGAAGGAGAAAAUCAAGCUCCUAAGUAAAGAGGUGACCUCACUCCAACGCAUUAUUGAGCAGUCCUGCUGUGCGCUCAGCUACUGCGUGGACGCUGAACACGGGAAGGGAACGCGGCAGGAGGCGGAGGCCGAGCGUUUGCUCCUGUUGUCCUGUGAGAAGAAGGCUGCACUGCUGAAAGAGCUGGAACGACUUCGAGGAGGAAGAUCAGAAGAGCCACUGUCCAGUCCUGGUGGUGAGCUGAGACCUUGUCAUGGCUCGGUCACCAUAUCUGAAAUCCGUCUGCCCCUGAAAGUGGACUAUGUGUGCUCCACCAUCCUGGAAACAGGGCCUGCCGGGCAUUACUUCGUUAUACUGGUCCGUUACGGAGCCUAUGAUGUGGUGGCUACACCUCUAGCCAGUGCUUCCGAUGCUCAAACAGGGGACACCAUAAUGUUCCCUACAACGGUGACGCUGAAGGAUGCCUCCGCAGACUUCAGAAUAGAGAUAGAGGUCUACAGCCUGGCACAAGUCGGAACUGCCCUGAUCCUGGAUAAGAGGAAGUCGCUGAAGCCCAAGAUCACACCCAAGAAGCUCCUGUCCUCCCGAAAAUCCUCUUUGAACUCUCCAGCCUAUAGUCCUGCAGUCAAUACUCCUCUGCGGUCCAGUAAUUUCCUGCUGGUUGGAUCUCUGAACCUCACACUGGAAUCUCUGGGCAAGCUCAAGUUUCCUCUGGAAAAGAUGAAAUUGGAAGGGAAGGUCGGUCGUCUGCUUGGGAAUCAUUUCCAGGAUAAGGUUCCAUUUCUGUCUCCCUUGGAAGGAAACCUCUACCUAAAGGUGCAAUGUCAGAGUCACUCCAGCGUCCAGCGCAGCGGAUUCCUGACCAUGUUUGAGGAUGUCAGUGGACUGGGUGCUUGGCACAGACGUUGGUGCGUCCUAUCUGGGAACACUCUCUCAUUUUGGGCAUAUCCAGACCAAGAGAACUGUAAGGAACCUCAUGGGAGGACCAACCUCAUCAACUGCACCAGUGCCAAGGUGGAGGCUGCCAUGAGAGAGAGCUGUGCCCGGCCCAACACUCUGGAGCUGGUCACCAUGCGACCACAGCGGGAGGACGACGUGGACAGCCUGGUGACACAGUGCCGCAACAUGCUCUGCUUCACCAAGAGCUGGCUCUCUGCGGAUACAAGGGAAGAUCGGCAGCUGUGGAUGGACUCCCUGAACCAAGUGCUUCUGGACCUCCGAACCUGGAAGACGAGUCCUGGGAAGGUGCCCUCAAGACGCCAAGCGCCGCCCGCUGUCGCCACUGCCCACUGACCGGUCCUGCCGACUGCGGUCAUUGUUUUAUGCACAUUUUAUAUAGCAGCACUACAUUGUAUGGUGAGGUGAAGGGGGUAUGUAUUCUUGUAUACGUGUGUGUAUAUACAGUCUCUGUAUGUCCUAGGCCGGACCCUGUGCUCUGCUGCCUGUACUCGUGGAGCUUUCGUUUUAAUGUUCCUGUUGAUUCUAAUAAAUAAUAUGGUAUAUUUGAGCGCUGGACUGA